CAGCACCGUUAGCACACGAGGCUACUUAACGGUAACUAGACUCUGUGUAACGACAGUGUUUUCCGGGCGAGCCUGAGGGUCAGAGCUGCUCUGAAGAAGGUGGAAUUACGACGGACGAUAGUAUAAAACGAGUAAGCGGCGACCCCCCACUGACUGACACCCUGCGAUUCCUGUGGUUCCCCCUGCAUUCAACUUCAGUGUGUCAGGGUUCUGUCGGUGGUUUGGACUUUCAUUGGACAAUUUUUUAAGAGGCUAUUCGGUAUGGCACAGCCUCCCCCUGGGGCCGGCGUGCACUCCCAGCAGCCCGUGGUGCCCUGCACCUCCCGAGCCCAUGUUCAGGGAACUGCAGGAGCCAUGUGUCUCCCUCCCCCCAACAGCAUGGACGGUAAGCAACAGGGGCCGGUGACAGAGGAAGUGGCUUUACCAAACCCACAAGAUGGAGGCGUUUCUCUGGAGCCCUUCAUACACCAGGUGGGGGGUCACACCAGCAUGAUGCGGUACGAUGACCACACCGUGUGUAAGCCUCUGAUCAGCAGAGAGCAGCGCUUCUAUGAGUCUCUGCCUCCUGAGAUGAAGGAGUUCACUCCCGAGUAUAAAGGCGUGGUCCUGGUGUGCUUUGAAGGCGGCUCCGACGGCUACAUCAACCUGCUGGCUUACCCCUACGUGGACAACAUGGAGGACAUGAUGGGGGAGCUGGAGGAGCAGGACCCCCCGGAGAGGGAGCAGCAGAGGCGGACGCAAUCCCGCCGCAGCCCGUCCUCCUCGUCCUCCGAAAACAAGGAGGAGCGGGCCGAGCAGAGGGAGGAUCACGAUAACAACCUGCUUUCCUGCUUCAGUUCUGUGAAACAGAGUCCCCUGCUGGACCCAAAGGUCCGCUCGGAUGUCCCGUUGCAGUCCAGCAGCAGCGUGGCCUCGGAGAAGAUCGGCCUCAGCCCCUGGAGCCAGGUGUGCCACAAGCAGCAACUCGACCGGAUGAGAUCCAAGUCCAAGAACCGCAGGUGCAUCAAGUACCUACUGCUGGAGAACGUCGUCCACCACUUCUCCUUCCCCUGCAUCCUGGACCUGAAGAUGGGAACCCGGCAGCACGGCGACGACGCCUCUGAGGAGAAGGCAGCCCGGCAGAUAAAGAAAUGCGAACAGAGCACUUCGGCCAAGCUGGGCGUCAGAAUGUGUGGCAUGCAGGUGUACCAGCUUAGCGGGGGACCAUACCAUUACCUGGACAAGUACUAUGGGCGCGACCUGUCGGUCGAAGGCUUCCGCCAAGUGCUCUGUCUGUUCCUGGACAACGGGAAGGGCCUGAGGCGGGACGUCUUUGAGCCGAUCCUAAAUAAGCUCCGCAACCUGAAGGUGGUGCUAGAGAGGCAGGAGUCCUACCGCUUCUACUCCUCCUCUCUUCUCAUCAUCUAUGAGGGAAAGGAGUCUGAAGACGCCCCGCCGCCCGACCCUGGGCAGAGCGCCGCCCCUGCAGAUGUCCACGCCGCUCCUUCUCCUCACGCCGACAUUUCCAGUGAAACGGACUUCAACCAGAACCAGGACUCGGACCUGGAGCCUCUGUCCUCUCAGGGACCUGGACAUUCGGCGCCAGACGCCCCCCCCUCUCCCUUUCCGCCCAGCGUGACGGACUGCUGCCCCUUUGUGCCCUGCCCCCCGUCAAAAUGUCCCUCCCUGCAGCCGCCUCAGCAGCCCCCUCUGGUGGACGUUCGCAUGAUCGACUUUGCCCACUCCACCUUCAGGGGUUUCCGCAACGACACGGCCAUGCACAAAGGCCCAGACCGGGGCUACGUGUUCGGACUGGAGAACCUGAUCCACAUUCUUGAGGACAUUCAACACGAGAACCUGCCGUAGCUCCAGAGGCUCCCGUGCGGUUCUGUCGGACCAAACCGGCUCGGUUCUGUUCAAUAAACAACAAAAAAGUCCUCCCACUCUAGAGACUGAUCGGUCUUUAAGCAAACACACACACACAC